UCAGGCAAUGCAGCUGUCACUCGCCCGUCCAGUGGAGAAAAAAGCGCCAAGUUCUUGUGCAGCGUCGAUUAAAAUUGGCUUUUAAUCGUAGACUACCGUUAAAUGCGGUAUAAUACGAUGAUUUAUGAAGGGCGAACACGCUGUGACCUCGUUGGGGAGCCCCAUCAAGAGGAGCAAACUGUCUCUGAGGUUCUUCCAGAAGAAGGAAACUAUACGAGUCCUGGACUUCUCUGAACCACACGCAGAUGAAGCCAACAGUGAUCAGGUAGUGCCUGCUCCAUCUCUGCCACCGACCUCGCCUGACCUCCCGCUGUCAUGCGAGAAGAGAGAGAACUUGUUGCCGUUUGUGGGGCUCAGUAACGGGGGGAACACCUGCUAUUUAAACAGCAUCUUACAGGUGCUCUAUCACUGUCCAGGCCUAAAAGAAGGCAUCAAAUCCUUAUACAAGUUGUCGAAAAGAAAUGCUAAACCCUCUGAAGAAACGAAACAAUGUGAAGAGCUAUCAGGGAACGCUGCCGAGUCCUUACCAGCACACAUUGAGCUCCUCGAGAGCUUCCACAGUCUUAUAUGUUCCGUGGAGCAGCUGCAGUCCAACUUUCUGCUCAACACCGACAGCUUCAGUGAGCGAGAGCUCGACGCGUCACCUUCUAAUGUUCUUAACACACUCAGGCAACUGAACCCCAUGUAUGAAGGCUAUCUUCAGCAUGAUGCCCAAGAGGUUCUGCAGUGCAUCCUUGGAUACAUCCAGGAGGCCUGCAACACUAUCAGGAAGGAGAAAAAGCACGAGGACAAUGUGACUGAGGUCAAAGUGGAACAUGGCAGCAAUUCAGUGUCAGAAUCCCAAAGAGGCGCCAAUGAGGAUGGUGAGGUGGCUGUAAAAAGGAAAAGCGAUACAGAGAUGGGAAAUUCCAAAAAGAAGCCCAAAUCCAUCAAAUCUGGAGCAGGGGAGGAGCACUUGUUGAGUGGACCUGUCACCCGCUCAAAAAGGAAGUCAUCCUGUCAAACACCAAGGACUAAAGCUGGAGAGGAAGAGGACGCAAAGGAAGUGAAACAGCAAAAGGUAGACGAAGAAGAAGAAUGGGGCAGUGAUGAUGCGCGAACUAAAGAGGCUGAUCGGAAAAAGAAGAAACGCUCUAAAUUGAGCUGGCUGAGGCCUGCUGGAAAACAGCCUAGCAUCAUCUCCAUGUUUCGCACCGUCGGGAAGCUCACGUCUACAUUUGCGAAAAGCGCAACGAAAACAGAGAGAGAGAACAGUGGAGCUGACGAAGGCCAAACUGAGGAUGAGAAGAAACGUGAGGGGGUCCUCAUGCAAAACGAGAACGAGGUCCACAAGGCAGCACUUGAAGACGGUCUAGACCUGAUGGAACGCUUGUUCCAGGGCCAGCUGGUUCUACGGACUCGUUGUCUGGAGUGCGAAAGCUUCACCGAGAGGCGAGAGGACUUUCAGGACAUUAGUGUCCCCGUGCUGGACGACCAAUUUAGCAGCCCGGACGAUCUCUCAUCAGUUUCUCCUUACCCCAAAGCAGAGGAGAAGACCCUGAAAUGGGCCAUCGCGCAGUUUGCAUCGGUGGAGCGCAUCGCCGGAGAGGACAAGUACUUUUGUGACCCGUGUCGCCACUACGCAGAGGCCGAGAGGAGUCUUCUGUUUGACAAAACUCCCGACGUCAUCACCAUUCACUUGAAGCGCUUCUCUGCCAACAGUUUGGAAAUGGAGCCGUACACCAGUCUGUCCAAGGUGAAUACGCCCUUGCAGACGCCCUUGACCUUGUCUCUAGAGGAUUGGUGCACCCCGCGCUCAUCCGGCAAAGGUCACCACUACGAGCUCUUUGCCGUAGUCAUGCACAGCGGCCUGUCCAUCAGCAGCGGUCACUAUACCGCCUUUGUUCGCAUGAGUGGCCUGAAAGAUGCCAAGUUCUGGCUGUGUGAAGGGAAGCAGCAAGAGGGUUCCAAAGGAGAUGCACGUGACGACGGUGAGGUGUCUGUCAGGCAGCGUGCGAGCGAACAGCCUGCAGUGAGCUCGGCUUGGGGUAAACCACAAAGUAAGAAGCCUCCGGAAGGCGGGGUCGGACUCUCGGGAGGCCAGCGGAGUCAGACCGGCACGGAGCACGGUGAGAGAGUGGGCGGCUGCGGAUCUGAGCGAAGAAAAACUCUCAAACAAAAUGCAGAAGCUGAGCUUACAAAAGAGGCCGACGCUGGAGAAGAGAGGGAGAAAACAUCCCGUGAGGAAGAGGAGGCCUCGGAACAGCAAGCUUUAAACAACCUCCUGAAGUACGAAGGCAAAUGGCUGCUGUUCGAUGACUCUGAAGUGCGGUUGUUCGAGGAGGAAGAUUUCUUCCAAGCCUGCUCCCCUCAGACCUCCUCCUCUUCAACACCCUACUUGCUCUUUUACAAGAGAAUACCAAAGCCGCCGCAAUGAUGCCAGCAUCGCUUUACUACCCCAAGAUGGACGCUGUACAUAUUCUAUAGAUGGAACACACUGUGGACGUAACUUUUGUUUUUAAUCAACUUCAGACAUCUACUGCAAAAUCACCUCAGGAUUUUCUCAUAUUUAAGAAACAAAUGUGUGCCUGAAUUGAACGUGCUUUUAAAAAUGAUUUUUUUUUUUUUUUUUUUUUUUCCUUGGGGCUUAGAUGUUGAUUUUUGUUGUUGUUGGGGAGGUACUUGUGACCAGUUCACCAAAUGAAAGUGCUGCACUUGUUUCUACAUCACAUCAAGUGUGAUAUUCAGCCUUCACACGCAUUUCUAUGGCAAUAAACAAGCCACCACAUUGUAGUUACAAAGAAUAUAAUUUACGACACUGGUUUUUAUGUGGUCUGUUUGAAUCAAAAUUAACUAAGUGGUGCAUUGACAUGUUCUUCCACAGAUGUUAACAAAUAAACUGAACGAAGAUCACACUCAUAGGUGAUGGUUUUUCCUUAACUUGUACCAGAAUAAUAACUAGGUCAUCUAUAAAAUAAACUUUCAAAGUAAAAGAGCUAACGAUUCAUUUUC